GCUGAGCGCGGAGCGCUCGGCAAGCAGCCCUCGCCAUACUAAUCGCAUUCUACUGCUGUACAUGAGCAUUGCUGCUUGCUGCCAGCCCGAUACAAAAAUGGCUCUGCGCGCACGCCGUCGCCGCGCGAUGCGCCGCGCAUUGCAAAGCAAGCUUGCGAGGCGCCGCGCGCACAUCCCUUGGAGGCUGCGGCUCGCGCGAGACGUCGGCGACAUUGCUGAGCGUUACACUAAUGAAGGCGUCGCGUUCGAGGAAGAGGUGCUCGAUGCGAUCGCACGCGAGGCAUCGCGACGCGCCGACACGGUCCGGCUGCGGACGAUACUUGCGCGCGACCCGUACGGAGAGCUGUCGCCGGGUCUAGCUCGAGCUCUCGCGCGGCGCAUCCGCUGCGAGGCGCCGCGUGACUGCGUGUUGGCCCGAGCAUCCCAACGCGUCGAAUCGGUGCUGGUGCUCAAGCCCUCGGGCGGCCGGCUGCGCCUCGUCUACGAGGCGUCCGGCGGAGAGGUCCGGUGGUCCGUGGAGCUCGCGUCGACGCGGUUGCUCCAGUUGGACGUCCUCACCGAGGAGUCGGAGUCGUCGUCGCUCUUCCUCCAUCGGAAGUUCCACCGGCACCUCGGACGCGCGCUCGGCCUGUCGCUCGCGAGGCACGAGGCGCUAUUUUUCCUGCUCUCGCUGACCGCGACGUACGACAACGCGUACGGCGUCGACGACAAGAUCCUCGAGCAGCUUGGGGUUUUCGAUAGCGAGGGGGAGGAAGAUUAAAAAUGUGUGGU